UGCUCAUCAAUAUUGUUCGAAACUUAACAGGCUCUCUGAACGAAUUCAGUUUUACGAGCAUAAAAUAUUCAGUGUAGUUUCCUUAACUUUAUUUUUGUCUAAAAUGCAUAGAAACAGCAUCCUAGAGGAGGCGGUGAAGUUCGUAUACCAGUACCCCCUGCUGCCCACACCACUUAUCGACUAUGACUUCAUCUACAAUCUGGGUUGCAAGAAGCCACGGGAUGUGAGCGUUCCCAAGGUCAUUGAAGUGGAGACGGAUAGCAAAUCUAAGGAUAGUGCCAUGGAGCGAUCCAAGAAGCCACCCAGACUCUCGUACCAUUCGCGAUCGAGUUCGAUGAGUGAGGAGGAGUCGGAACCGGAAGUGCAGGUCAAGUACCUCUGGAAUUCUCCCCGUCUGAUGAUUAUCUGUGAGGACGGGGAUAUCAACUGUGCUCUGCACUACCUCAUUGAGUCCCUUCACGAUCCCUUCGCCUGCAACGCGGUGGCCACCCUCUUCUUGCAGGAGUCCAUACUGGAGGAAUUUGUGGACCGCCUAAAGGAUCGUUUGGAACCACUGAGUUCGGACAUCUCAGGGCAUCCGGUCUAUCUCAAGACCCUGGAGAGAUUGGAGAACCUGCAGGCCAGGACAAUAGUGGGAGACCCCAAGACUGUUCCGGCGAAUGCAACUCCCAUCCUGGUUUUCGAUCUGAGCCAACGUUACUUGGGGGAUGGACCUACCGGUGCCAUAACCCUCCACACCUUUCGCACCAUGAAGGAGGCCAUUGAGCUGCAGGCCCAGGAACCCAUGAACUUCACCUCCGUCUGCAUUUGGAACGAAAAACUGGCGGCCGCCUACGAACUUGUGGCUCGCUUCAGUCCGCUGAUCUUUCUGCUAAACUGCUUCUACGUGGAUCUAAACAACAUCAGUUUGGCAUUUGUGUGCGGGUUUAGCAGCGCAAAGAUAUAUGACGGUUACCACUAUGAGGCGCUGACCUUCAAGGGAAAGCAGAAGAUCAUUGUCCAUCCCGUCGGCACCAUCUGGGGAAAACUGGCCCGUGGGGCACACGGCCACCACUGAUCUCUCCCAUCGGCGGACUCAUUUGGAUGGCAGCUCAUUUAAAUUACUAGUCAUUGAUCGGGGUCGCUGACUAAUUGACUUUCCGGCUGGGCAACUUAAUUACCAAUUAAAUUGCUGAAUCAAGCUGCCCAUCCCAAGAGCUUUGGCCUAUGUUUUCUGGGGAAACUCAACAGGCAAACGGGCUUUUCCCCCGGGAUAAUCAAUGGAAAUUGUGAGUGACUUUGUAUUGUGAAAUUAAAAAUUCUUUCUGCGAAGUAA